UCAGUUCAGCAGCAGUCGUCCUCCAGGUUUCAGUGGCCGGGAAGGAGCCGAAAGUCACGCCAGAGUUUUUCGCCUGCACAUGCUCCCUCAGAUCAGUGAUACUCACAUCCAAGUUAUCCGGCACAAGAACAGUUCCCUGGAGGAGUUACAGAAGGCGCCGAGCAAGACAGAGGCGACGCGGAGGUGCAGCUAAAGUUGAAUCGGUUCUCGUUUCCCAAACCCGAAGAUGGUGAAGAUUCUCCGAGCGUGCAACCUGUUGAAAUCCCUCAGACAGGGUGUUGCAGUUUGCAGCCGGACUCAGGGGCCACCGUGGAGUUUGGGACGGUCAGGAGUCAGAGUGUUUAGCAGUAAGGCGCAGACAGCACAUGUGAUCCUUGACGAUGGAACGAAAAUGAAAGGCGUGUCCUUUGGUUAUCCCCAUUCGACAGCAGGCGAAGUUGUGUUCAACACUGGGCUGGUUGGCUACCCCGAGACCCUGACAGAUCCAAGCUACAGAGGACAGAUCCUGGCUCUCACAUCCCCCAUGGCAGGCAACUAUGGAGUGCCGGAUACGAAAGAAUUGGAUGAAUUGGGUCUGAUGAAAUAUGUGGAGUCUGAAUUUAUCCAGGUUUCUGGAUUGCUGGUGCAGGAUUACAGCCAUGACUAUAGUCACUGGAACUCUGUUAAGUCCCUGGGCGAGUGGUUAUGUGAAGAAAAGAUCCCGGCUCUUUACGGAAUUGACACCAGAAUGCUCACUAAGAUUGUCCGUGAUAAGGGAACAAUCCUCGGAAAAAUUGAGUUUGAAGGUGAUCCUGUAGAGUUUGUGGAUCCCAACCUGCGAAACCUGAUGGCAGAAAUAUCAACAAAGGAAAUUAAAGUCUACGGCAAAGGGAAUCCAAUCAAGAUUGUGGCAGUGGACUGUGGCAUAAAGCACAACAUAAUCCGACUUCUUGUGAAGAGAGGGGUUGAACUGCAUUUAGUCCCGUGGAACUAUGACUUCAGCAACAUGGAGUAUGAUGGACUCUUUCUAUCCAAUGGCCCGGGAGAUCCCACUCUGGCAAAGCAACUGAUCGCCAAUGUCCACAAGGUGAUUAAAAGCAAUCGUCCAGAGCCAGUGUUUGGGAUUUGUAUGGGCAACCAGUUGACUGCCUUAGCUGCUGGUGCCAACUGCUACAAACUGCCAAUGGGAAACAGGGGACAGAACCAGCCAGUGAUGAAUGUAAUGAAUGGCCAGGCAUUCAUCACUGCCCAGAACCAUGGAUACGCCAUCGACAGUUCCACUCUCCCUGAGGGCUGGAAGGCCAUGUUUGUCAAUGCUAAUGAUGGUACCAAUGAGGGAAUCGUCCAUGAGAGCAAACCGAUUUUUACAGCACAGUUCCACCCGGAAGCGAAGGGAGGACCGACAGAUACUGAAUUCCUGUUUGAUGCUUUUAUUUCGCUGAUAAAGAAAGGGAAAGGAACCAGCAUUGCCUCGGUUAUGCCUGCAGUCCCUCCACCACCAAAGAGGCUUCAGGUGUCGAAGGUUUUGGUCUUGGGUUCAGGAGGCCUCUCGAUUGGCCAGGCUGGCGAAUUUGAUUACUCUGGAUCGCAGGCGGUUAAAGCUUUAAAGGAAGAAAAUAUAAAAACUGUUUUGAUGAACCCAAACAUCGCCUCAGUGCAGACCAACGAAGUGGGCACCAAACAAGCGGACACAGUUUACUUCUUACCCGUCACCCCAGAGUUUGUGACUGACAUUAUUAAAACGGAACAGCCUGAUGGGAUACUGCUGUCGAUGGGGGGUCAGACUGCUCUGAACUGCGGUGUGGAGCUGUACAAACAAGGAGUGCUGGAGAAGUAUGGGGUCCAAGUACUGGGAACUCCAGUCACCUCGAUCAUGGCUACUGAAGACAGACAGCUUUUUGCAGACAAAUUACUCGAGAUCAAUGAGAAAAUAGCGCCAAGCUUUGCUGUGGAGUCGCUGGAAGAUGCUUACAAAGCAGCAGAGAAGAUAGGCUAUCCAGUCAUGGUGAGGUCAGCAUACGCUCUCGGGGGCCUUGGCUCAGGGCUCUGCAAUGACAGGGAAAAACUCACUGAAAUCGCUGGAAAGGCCUUGGCUAUGACCAAUCAAAUCCUUGUGGAGCAGUCACUGCUGGGCUGGAAGGAGGUGGAAUAUGAAGUAGUACGUGACGUGGCUGAUAACUGCGUGACUGUCUGCAACAUGGAGAACUUUGACCCCUUGGGAAUUCAUACAGGAGACUCAGUUGUUGUAGCUCCCAGUCAGACGCUGUCCAAUGAGGAGUAUCACAUGCUGCGUGAAACCGCGAUCAAGGUGGUGCGCCACUUGGACAUCAUCGGCGAGUGCAACAUUCAGUACGCAUUGCAUCCCGGCUCACUGGAGUACUGCAUCAUUGAGGUCAAUGCCCGACUCUCGCGCAGCUCGGCUCUGGCCUCCAAAGCCACUGGCUACCCCCUAGCCUUUGUGGCUGCCAAACUGGCACUGGGUAUCCCCCUGCCUGACAUCAAGAAUGCAGUGUCUGGGAAGACCACCGCCUGCUUUGAACCAAGUCUGGAUUAUAUUGUCACCAAGAUUCCGCGUUGGGAUCUGGACCGUUUCCACGGAGCUUCGCGAGAGAUUGGUAGUUCAAUGAAGAGUGUUGGAGAGGUAAUGGCUAUUGGUCGCACGUUUGAAGAGAGUUUCCAGAAGGCUUUGAGAAUGUGCCACCCAUCUGUGGAAGGCUUUGUGCCACGGCUCCCAAUGAAGAAACUUUGGUCUGAGGACUUUGACCUGCAGAAGGAUCUGGCUGUUCCCUCAAUCCACCGCAUCUACUCAUUGGCAAAGGCCUUACACAGCGGGAUCUCAGUGGAUGAAAUUUAUGACCUGACUGCUAUUGACAAAUGGUUCUUGUACAGACUGAAGCAAAUAGUGACGCUGGAGAAAGAGUUAACCAAACACAACAGCGAAACCAUCCCAGACGAGUUGCUGUUGAAAGCCAAGCAAGAUGGCUUCUCCGACCGGCAGAUUGGAAACUGUAUCGGCCUGACUGAACUCGAUGCGAGGAAGCUGAGGACACAGAAGAACAUUAAGCCACAGAUUAAACAGAUUGAUACCCUAGCUGCAGAGUACCCAGCAAUCACCAAUUACCUCUACUCCACGUACCAUGGAGAGGAGCAUGACCUGGAUUUUAAUGACCACGGAAUCAUGGUGCUGGGAUGUGGACCUUAUCAUAUUGGUAGCAGUGUGGAAUUUGAUUGGUGUGCUGUCUCCAGUAUCCGCACCCUCAGACAGCUUGGGAAGAAGACUGUGGUGGUAAACCACAACCCAGAGACUGUGAGCACAGAUUUUGAUGAAUGUGACAGGCUUUACUUUGAGGAGCUCUCGCUGGAAAGAAUUCUGGAUAUUUAUGAACAGGAGAGCUGCAAAGGGUCCAUUAUUUCUGUUGGUGGACAGAUUCCAAAUAACCUGGCUGUUCCAUUGUACAAGUAUGGUGUGAACAUUCUGGGCACAAAUCCAAUGCAGAUUGACCGAGCUGAGGACCGAGCAGUCUUCUCAGGUGUGCUCGAUGAGCUCCAGAUAUCCCAGGCUCCAUGGACGGCGGUUAAUUCUUUGGAUGAUGCCCUCUCAUUUGCGGAGACUGUCGGCUACCCCUGUUUGCUGAGACCAUCUUACGUCCUGAGUGGUUCAGCGAUGAAUGUGGCUCAUGAUGCGACAGAGAUGAAGAAAUUCCUUGCUGAGGCAGCUCGUGUCUCUCAGGAACAUCCAGUUGUCCUCACCAAGUUUGUUGAAGGAGCACGCGAGGUUGAGGUUGAUGCAGUCUCCAAGGAGGGCAAGGUCCUAGCUCACGCCAUCACUGAGCACGUGGAAGAUGCAGGUGUCCAUUCAGGAGAUGCCACCCUAAUCCUGCCAACGCAGACCAUCAGCCAAGGAGCCUUGGAGAAGGUGAAGAUUGCAACCAGAAAGAUCUCCAGGGCGUUUGAGAUUUCUGGACCAUUUAAUGUACAGUUUCUUGUGAAGGGGAAUGAUGUGAUGGUGAUUGAGUGUAACCUCAGGGCAUCCAGGUCCUGCCCCUUUGUCUCAAAGACCAUUGGAGUUGACCUCAUCAACGUGGCAACGCGGGUGAUGAUUGGCGAGAGUAUGGAUGAGACGUCCCUGCCGUCAUUGGAAAAUCCCAAGAUACCAACCGAGUAUGUGGGCAUCAAGGCGCCCAUGUUUUCUUGGCCACGACUCAGGGACGCUGACCCAAUUCUACGCUGUGAGAUGGCAUCGACUGGAGAGGUUGCUUGCUUUGGACCCAAUAUUUACUCUGCAUUCCUGAAGGCGAUCCUGUCCACGGGCUUCAAAUUACCUCAGAAAGGGAUUCUCAUUGGAAUUCAGAGCUCUUUUCGAUCAAAGUUUCUUGACACUGCACAACAGCUUCAUGAACAGGGAUACAAGCUCUAUGCCACAGAAGGAACGGCUGCCUGGUUAAAUGCCAAUGAUGUACCCACUGCCCCCGUCUCAUGGCCUGAUGCAGAGGAUCACAGUUCAUCAGCUCCCUCCUUUACCAAACUAAUCCACGAUGGAGCCAUUGACCUGGUGAUAAACCUGCCCAACAAUAACACCCGCUUUAUGAGGGAGAACUACCUGAUCCGCAGAAUGGCCAUUGAUCAUGCUGUACCUCUUAUCACCAAUUUUCAGGUGGCAAAACUUUUUGCCGAAGCGAUUAAACACUGUGGGAAACUGGAUUCCACCAGCCUGUACCACUAUCGAGAGAACAGUGUGAUCAGAGGUUUACCGUGAAAGGUUCCCGUCUGCCUGGUUUGUGCAGGCCCUCACUCCACGUGUACAAAGUUGGUUCUCUGACACGAACAAAAACAUAUUCUUAUUGUAACAGCUUUCGAAUAAACAGAGAGAGAGAUUUCAAUGUGACCACACGAUUCACCUAAUUCAGCUCUUGCUUUUGGAGGCCUAAGCACUAUGGAAAUGACUCCCUGUUCUAAAUGCUUUCCCUCUUUCUCCCGGCUGUACAUGGCAAUGGAGAGGACACUGUGGAGACAGUGGGUACCGCAAGACCACCCCCCCCCUUCCCCCCAACCUUGUAACUGAGCAAGCUGCGAGGACUUUGAGUUGGUGAUGUACAUCCCUCUUCCUACGCAGUGUUCUCAUGAGGGUUUGCUGAUUGUGACCCUGAACUGAUAUGUCAGUGCCUUGCAACCACCAGCUUCAUUCCUGCCACAGCCAUGAUGACAAAAGCAGAGUUAUCAGUUUGACAAUUGCUCGCUCAGCUAGACAGCGGGAGCUGUUUUCAGUCCUCGCAAUUCGCGUGUCAGAAGUGGGCCCAUUUACAUUGAUGACCGGUGAUGGGUUGGCCUGCCAUUGGCCUUGAAUUGACCCAGGAGCCUUCCACAUGCCCUCCCAUAACCUGCAGCCCCUUCAUUUUCUCUUGAGGAUCUUGCGUUGGCAUGGACUUGACUGGAAUUUGCAGAUUUCCAACAUGUUUUCUGGUUCUCCCCCUUGGCCAUUUACAGCUCCCCUCCAUCUGCAGUGUGGGUGUGUGUGUAUGAAUGCGUGUGUAAGUGGGUGGGGGAUACUCAUGAUCUUGCAGUGGCAACAGACACACUGUACCACCUUCCCACUAUCCCUGACCCCAAUGAGAAGAUAAUUCUCGGCUUUGUGCAUUGUGGAGGUGCACUAUCUCUGGGCUCAGUGGACAUCCAAACGUAUAGUCGGGCUGUCACUUUGAUGUAGUCAUGUGUGGCCACAAGCAGGGCUGGUGGUUUUUUUUCAUAGUGCUUCAUUUUCAUGUCAUUCCUCUGCUGUGAUGCUGUAUAAUUCCUUAUAACUGUAUCAA